UCGUAAUCUCCUUCUCCUUCAAUCCUUUUGUGACUUUGUAAUAAUUGUAUCAAUUGUAUGUGAGUAUAGGUACAUCAGUUACGUUGUGUACACUUGUUAUUGGGUAAUAACCACAGCAACAAGGGAUGGUGACGAUGAAGGACGAGGGGGGUGAACGAACAACAGCUGGUGCUUUGUUGUGCUAUAGUUUUUUUAUACUACGAAGUGGCUAAAAUAUAUCAAUACGGCCUUUAUACCUAUAGCCAUUAGUGUAAUCCAAGUUUCCAAGUGCAGAGAGAAAACUGUCCAACGCAUACAAGUUAUGCACGAUAGCUGCUCGUACUGCUCGUAGUGCCAAGCCAAGAAACAAACCAGAAAGGUGCUCUGUUGCUAUUGCUACUAAGACUUUCAUUCUUUUCCUAGCGGAAGAUGCGCAUCAGUGCACACGCGGACAGCAUAACACCAUCAUCAUCACCUUCAUCAUCACUGCAUCCAUAUCGUCGUCGUCGUCGUCGUCUUUGUUGUAAUUAGUCCAUAGGAUACAGUUUCACAAGAUGCGGGGAUUAAAGAGUUUUGUGCUGCCCAUGUUCCAAGGCUUGGUGGACAGUCUACGAGGCGCCGUUGUCAUAUUGACCAUAGACAAGGAGAUCAAUGAAAGACUGAAGAAAUCGCCGACGAGGACGGACCCUCGCAGGCGCUCCGACAACAAUCAUGGAAGUAGCCCAGCAAAAUUACCUAAGAAUCAAAGAGAAUCCCAGGUGCUCAAAAGGACGUUCCAAUGCAUGGUUUUAAACUUUAGCGUCUGCUUUCUUGGCAUUAUUUUCGUUAAUUACAUGUUGUUGCCCAUCGUCAUGCUUUUUAUCAAACAAUUCGCCUCUCUGUGCAGUUUUUCGGAUAACACUGGUGAAACAAUGUGGUCCUUUGUUCAACCAGUUGUGACGGUUAUAAUCGACGUACUAUGGUUACUUCCAAUGUUUUUAUUAAGUAGAAUAGUCAACGCUCUAUGGUUUCAGGAUAUUGCUGACAGUGCGUACAGAUAUCGCCAAGGAAGACCUAUGCUUUUGUCAAGUGUAAGCAAACUCAUUGCAGAUAUGUUGUUUAGUUUUGCCGUGCAAAUACUAUUCGUGGCCCAAGCUUUCAUCAUAUCCAUGCUGCCGCUGUCUCCCAUUGGUGAGAUUCUUCAGUUCAUUCACCUGUGCCUUCUUUACUCCCUUUAUGCCUUUGAGUAUAAAUGGUUCAACAUGGGCUGGGAAUUGCACAGAAGGCUUGAAUUCAUUGAAAACAAUUGGCCCUACUUUGUUGGAUUUGGCUUGCCUAUGACAGUAGCUACUAGGAUGCAUCCAUCUAUAUUUGUGAACGGCUGUGUUUUUGCCAUUUUCUUUCCGAUUUCCAUUGUAAGUGGAAAUGAAGCUGAACCUGUUACACUUGAUGCAGAGUAUCCACUAAGACUGUUUUCACCAGUAGUUGCAGUGGCAAACACCGUGACCAAUAGAUAUAUUGGCGCAUCAAAAAGACGGUGACAAAAACAUGGCUUAAGCGAUCAGGAGAAAAAUACCAAUGAGAAAAUAGACUCUUGAAUAACGCACUUAAGUGCGAUAACUUUUCAUCGAAUUUUUUUACAUAAAUCAUAAAGAUGACUGAACGAAAACAGUUAAAUGAAGUGUGAUUUAUAUCGUAAGCUUUAUGUCAAUGUAAAUACGCAACAAUCGAACUGAUAAUAUAUGUUCAUAUAUAAAUCAUGUAUACGAGUGUAAAAUUUAAAAUUACGCCCGUCGCUAAACGAACAUGAGCGCUAAUAUAAGUCAAAUAGCAUUACGAUUCAAUUGUGGAUGGAAUAUGAUCUUUGUUUCCGGGAUUAUUUGGGUUAUUACUUUUUAAAAAGAUUUUGAAGAUAAAAUCGUGUUGACAAAUAUUAUUUUAUAAGGGCAAACUCACCUACUUAACUCUUUAGUUGCUUAGUAUUUUCAUUUGCUGCCAUUACUACGUUUUUUUUAUUACACAGGUACCAUAUUGUUGUUGUACCUGUGUAAUGGACAAAUAAAUGAUGAGGCAGCCAAUGUCAGAAAUGUUGUAAAUGUUUUUUCAACAAAUUAACACAUGCAUAAACUAUGCAUAAACAAUGUAAAAUUUUGAACUGCGUACAUCCUAAUAAUUUUACGAAUAUAAAUAUUUCGUAAAAGUAUGUAAUGCCGAAAAAUACUUUUAUCAAAGACUUUUUGUUAUGCGUUAUAUUUUGUUACAUCGAGAGAUUUUUAUUUUUUAUUUAUUUUAUAACAAUGAAAAUCUUGGUUUCGUGGCAUAAGGAACUUUUUAUGUACAUACACACGCUACGGAUUUGUAAAAUUGAAAUUGUAAUGAUCGUAAAAUAUCGAAAGUUCCGUUGCAAGAGGCAAUAUAUUUCUCAUGCCUUAUUGACAAAGUGAGAAUACGAGUAAAUAAUAUGUGAUAGAAUUUUUUCACUAAUUGUGGCAAAUGGCUUUUUGUAAACGAAUAAUUUUAAUUCGAUUGAGCAAUUGUGCUCAUGGAGCUUUUUAAAUAGUUAUUUUAGACUACUUAAGAAAUUUCCUUAAACGGCUGUUUGUAAUACUGACCAACUGUAAAUAUU